UCAAAUAUAGACUAAUAAAUUUUACGUAGAGAUUCUCGAGAGACUCUCGAUUGCCCCUAACUAGUAUAAGCUCAUCACAGGCGUUAAUGUCGCGAUACAAUGGAGUUAGCAGCGGCAGUCUUGAUUAUUGUCUUAGCAAUUGGUUUGAUGGGGGCAUCCCACGGGCUGAGAACAGGGAUGCUGAGAUCAAGCAGGAAGAGAGAGAGGACAAGGGUACAAGGCAGGAGGCAUUUGGACCAAGGAACUCAAUUGCUCAAUCGAGCCAAAUCCAAAGAAGCAGCACUGGAGGCAGACAAGGCCAUCUCCUUGGAUCCCAAGGACGCAGCCAGCCAUCUGCUCAAGGCCUUCGCAUUGGAGCGCCAGGGUCACAUGGUCGCAGCUCUCAGAUCUCUUAACACAGCUCUUUGGCCCCCUCUUGCAAAGAGCCUAUCCCCAUCAGAGAUUGCAGAGGCUUUGUUGAAACGCGCAGAGAUUGCUGUGGGUAUGAAGAGCAAGAGGCGCUUGGAUACAUCUUUAGCUGAUCUGAAUGCAUCCCUGGCUAUAAACCCGGGUAAUGUUAAAACCCAUUGCUUGUUGGGGAGGUGUUAUGAGAUGAAGGGACUGAGGGAUGAGGCCCGCCAAGCAUUUCGAGCUGCUGCUGCAAUUGAUCCCGAGUCUCGCGAGAUCAAUCAAGCUGUGUCUCGUUUGUCCUAAUGUAAAAAAGGGAAAAAAAGUUGUUUUAUGGCACAAUUGAAACAGAAAAGUUUGCAGUCAAGUUUGAGGGUCAAGAUUUGUGUUGUAAGCAUGCUCAGCUCCAGAGGUUGGGCAAAGGACACACCAGGCUAAAAUCAAGGAUUUAUUCCAAGUAUUGCAAUUUAAUUCUUGAAUAUAUCUUUGGUUUGAGGCUAGUUAGCCUCUGUAGGGUUACAACUUUUUGGUUCCUUCCUAUAUGCUUGGAUGAAGGCUUCUCACACAGAUUGCGAUUGAUCCUAAGGAACUCGUUCCUCUCUUCUGAAGGCUUAUUUGCAGAGGAUACUCUUAAAAGAUCUUUCACCUCCCCAGGAACAUCAUUCACCUCUACGGUUUGAGGAUAAAUAUCCACAAGGUGACACUUUCUUAUACAGGGGUUAUCUCUUGCGUUGACUAUCCUCUUUCUUUCACUGAUGUCCUAGAUGGCAUCAAUAAAUGUCUUCUUUAAAUUCCCAACUGAAGAUGGUUGCUAUAUUUACGUGAAAAUUAAGAAGAGAAUGCUUAUAAUGUUGAUCUUCUGGAUUUCAUACGAAUCUGAAUCCUCAAAUUCCAUGGCACUGAAUGGGAUGAAAGCAAAAGCUGUAUUUGGGCAUUUUGCCAGGUUUGAAGGCCUCUCUGAUGCCCUUUACAGAACUCGAUUUCUUGGAGACUGAUUUAUAAUUUUAAUCAUCAGUGGGUUUUACAA